GCCCGCCUCCCCACGCAGCUGCUGGCUGUCGCCUCCCGGGGUUGCGGCGAGCCGGCCGGGGAGCGUCACGGCCUGCGCGCUCCCUCUCCUGCUCCCGAGCUGCGCCAGGCGGGCGCCGCGGAUGCCCUAGCGAGAGAAACCGAAACCGAAGCGGCUCGUUCCCGUCCCGGGCCGGCGGGUGCCCAGCAGCUCGCCCGCCCCGCCGCGGAGCCCGGCCAGCCGGCGCCGGACGGUCUCGGGUCUUCCCUCGGCUCCUGCGGCGGCCCCUCCCUCCUUCCAGUGGGGACGGUCGCCGGCGCCGCCCGGCCGCUGAGCCGCGCGCAGAAUGGGGAGGUGCUGUUUCUACGCGGCGGGGACGCUGUCCCUGCUCCUGCUUGUGACCAGCGUCACGCUACUGGUGGCCCGGGUCUUCCAGAAGGCCGUGGACCAGACGAUCGAGAAGAAUAUUGUGCUAAGGAAUGGUUCCGAGACCUUUGACUCCUGGAAGCAGCCGCCUCUGCCAGUGUACACCCAGUUUUAUUUUUUCAAUGUCACCAAUCCAGAGGAGAUCCUCAGAGGGGAGAUCCCUCGGUUAGAAGAAGUGGGGCCAUACACCUACAGGGAAAUCAGAAACAAAGGAGAUAUUCAAUUUGGAGAUAAUGGAACAACAAUAUCUGCUGUUAGCAACAAGGCCUACGUUUUCGUACGAAAUCAAUCUGUUGGAGACUCUAAAAUUGACUUAAUUAGAACAGUAAAUAUUCCUGCAGUGACCGCCAUGGAAUGGACCCAGCAACGCUUCCUCCGGGAGAUCAUCGAAGCCCUGUUAAAGACCUAUCAGCAGAAGGUCUUUGUGACGCACACGGUGGACCAUUUGCUCUGGGGCUACAAAGAUGAGAUCUUGUCCCUCAUCCACACUUUCAAACCUGAGAUCUCACCCUAUUUUGGCUUGUACUAUGGGAAAAAUGGGACUAAUGAUGGAGACUAUGUUUUUCUAACUGGAGAAGACAAUUACCUUAACUUUUCAAAGAUUGUGGAAUGGAAUGGAAAAACGUCACUUGACUGGUGGACAACAGACAGGUGCAAUAUGAUUAAUGGAACAGACGGAGAUACUUUUCACCCAUUAAUAACCAAAGACGAAGUACUUUAUGUCUUUCCAUCUGAUUUUUGCAGGUCACUAUAUAUAACUUUCAGUGACUUUGAGAGCGUAGAGGGACUGCCUGCCUUUCGGUAUAAGGUGCCUGAAGAAAUAUUAGCCAAUACCUCAGACAAUGCCGGCUUCUGUAUACCUACAGGAAACUGCCUGGGCUCAGGAGUUCUGAAUGUCAGCGUCUGCAAGAAUGGUGCACCUAUUAUUUUGUCUUUCCCACACUUCUACCAAGCAGAUGAGAAGUUUGUUUCUGCCAUAGAAGGCAUGCAUCCAAAUAAGGACAAUCAUGAGACGUUUGUGGACAUCAAUCCUUUGACUGGUGUUAUCCUAAGAGCAGCCAAGAGGUUUCAAAUCAACGUUUAUGUCAAAAAACUAGAUGACUUCAUCGAAACGGGAAACAUCAGAACCAUGGUUUUCCCGGUGAUGCAUGUUAAUGAGAGUGUUCUCAUUGAUAAAGAGACUGCAAGUCGACUGAAGUCUGUGAUUAACACUACUUUGAUCGUCACCAACAUACCCUACAUUGUCAUGGCGCUGGGUGUGUUCUUCGGUUUGAUCUUCACCUGGCUUGCAUGCCGAGGACAGAGAUCCAUGGAUGAGGGAACUGCAGAUGAAAGAGCACCUCUCAUACGAACCUAACCAUGGCCUGAGUCUAGUGAAGGAACCGUGUUGUGUCGUCUUGACCUGAACCACGAUGUGGGGAAACCGUCCGUGUCCUCACAGGCUUGUUGUCUGUUAGGAGAGGAGGGAGAAGACCCAGAGCUGGCAAGUGAUGAGAACAUUCUGGCUGGAGGUUAAAGGAUAUGUUGGCCAUUAGGCUUUAUAAAAUCCUGUGGUCCCUGACCAAUUGUUUUGUUUUUCAUGUCUAGCAAGUAUUUAAUAAACUCUUGUACAGUACAUUUUUUUGGUUGUUGGGUGCUGGUAGCUCCAGAAUUUUGUGACCACUGUUGUGGUUAUAAUAUCUCUGCAUCACUUGUUACUGCUACUUUGUCUAACCUUAUUCGAUAUGCUUCAUUCACCAAACUUUGUACUCAAAAUACAUAAAUACCAUUUUUUGUUGUAUUCCUCCAUUCAUUUCACCCAAAACCAGGAGUAAAUAAGAGUUCGGAACCCAGGGUACAAUGGUAGCCUCAUUCAGUACAUCAUUGAAAUGCAUCUAAUUUCCUCUUAAAAAGUUACAUAUUGCAUUUCAUGCUAAUCGUCAGUUCCUAAUUCCUCCAGGAAAAUAAGUCGGCCUUCCGACUACUUUCAUACUGGAUAGGACUCAAGUAAGGAAGGGGUUGGGUGGGGGGAGGUACCUAUGGGUUAAUAGCGAUAAGCACCUGAGGAUUUUUUACUUGUACUUUUGAGGCGAAAGAAUGCAUAGAUCAUGUUGGUGAGCACAAGUACAGAUAUUUCAUAUUGAGUAGAACUAAAUGCUGGUUCUGAGAUGGUUACUUUUUUAGUCAAAAUGAUCUUGAUGUGGAAAGGUGCUCCUGGGAGAAUGUUAUCAGUAACUGAUAUUCCCCCCCAAUCACCCUUGUCAAAUAUGAUACUGUAUUAAUUCGAAUACUAUUGUGAUUAUUUGUAAAAUUGUUUAUGAAUAUAGGAAAUCCAUCCACAACCCAAGUUGCACAUAUAUUUCAGGAAGUCUGACUACACUAAAGAGACAUUUUUUUCUGAGGCAGACUUUUUGGUAACUUUGAAAUUGUUUUCAUAAAUUGUUCUUUCCUCAAAUGCCCUUCGUUUCAAUGUUUUGUGCCUCACUAUCACUUACCGACUAGAGAAAAAUGUAUCUUUUACUUCCUGUGACUGUUAUCUUGCUGACAGAAUGAGUGUUUUAGAAUAUUGCACAGAACAUGCUUUUCAGAAAGGUCCAUUGGGACAAAAGUCAGGCCACCGCUCUUCAGAAGACCUCUUGGCUUUCAGUGUAAGCUAAGUCGGAGGACUGGGAACCAUCAUAUGUCAUAGAACUCAAACAUAUUUAAGGGCAUAUUUUUUUUAUUCUCAAAAUUCAGUACUCAUUUUUGAUUGAGAAACGUAUACAGUAAUCUGGCAAAGUGCACGUAGAAUUUCUUAACAACUGAAUCAUUCUACAGGACUUUUUGUUUAAAACUGGAUUUCAAUGUAAACUAAUGUAGAAAAAAAGCCAUGGAUUUUCCAGAUAUUCCUGUGUGGGGGUAAUAAAUUGUUUUAGUUUACUUGC